UGACAUAAAGAAUCUGUGCCAUCAACCAUCAUUCAAAAAAACUAAAAAGGCCUCCAUUUUGCUGUUAAAUGCGUAAGAAUUUACAAAAGUUCAUUAUAAAAUUGUGGUGUAAUUCGUGAUUAUUUGGUAGAUUCCUGAAAAACGCAGUAAAUAGUUAAGGAUGGCAGCCAGCGACUCUGGGACGGAUGAGUCAUUGUAUCCCAUCGCGGUACUCAUCGACGAGCUGAAGAACGAGGAUGUCCAGCUAAGAUUGAUUUCCAUCAAGAAGCUGUCGACGAUUGCGUUGGCUCUUGGCGUCGAGAGGACCCGCUCUGAGCUUAUCCCCUUCCUAACGGAGACAAUUUACGAUGAAGAUGAAGUGCUGCUUGCUCUCGCUGAACAACUGGGAAACUUCAUCAACCUGGUUGGUGGUGGGGAAUUUGCAUACUGCCUGCUCCCACCGCUGGAGUCACUGGCCACAGUUGAAGAGACAGUAGUAAGGGACAAAGCUGUAGCAUCUCUGAGGGCAGUGGCUGCCCACCAUUCCCCACAAGCUUUGGAACAGCACUUUGUGCCAUUAGUGCAGCGUCUGGCAGGAGGUGACUGGUUCACAUCCCGGGCAUCUGCGUGUGGACUAUUUAGCGUGUGCUAUCCACGCGUGUCCGCGCCAGUGAAGGCGGAACUGCGUGAACAUUUCCGCUUAUUGUGCCAGGAUGACACGCCGAUGGUGCGGCGAGCGGCGGCGUUCAAGCUGGGUGAAUUUGCUCGCGUGGUUGAAGUUGAAUACGUGAAGAGCGACCUCAUACCCAUGUUUGUUAACUUGGCACAGGAUGAGCAAGACUCAGUACGUCUGCUGGCGGCAGAAGCUUGUGCUGCGGUGGCUGCCCUCCUACCCCCCGAGGACAUGGAACAGCUGGUCAUGCCAACAGUGCGUGCUCGAGCUGGAGACACCUCCUGGCGAGUGCGGUACAUGGUGGCUGACAAGUUUGUUGAAUUGCAGCAAGCAGUAGGACCGGAGUUAGCUCGCUCCGACCUCGCCCAGAUCUUCCAAGCCCUUCUCAAGGACACGGAGGCGGAAGUACGUGCUGCCGCAGCGGGAAAAGUAAAGGACUUCUGCAUGAACUUGGACAAAGCUCACCAGGAACACAUAAUUAUGAACAUGAUCUUACCGCAAAUCAAGGAUCUAGUGUGUGACCCCAACCAACAUGUCAAAUCAGCACUCGCUUCUGUCAUCAUGGGUUUGAGCCCCAUAGUGGGGAGACAGAACACAAUCGAACACCUCCUGCCAUUAUUCUUGACACAACUCAAAGAUGAGUGUCCCGAAGUCCGCCUAAACAUAAUCUCCAACCUCGAAUGUGUGAACGAAGUCAUUGGAAUCCAACAGUUGGUACAGUCACUCCUCCCAGCCAUAGUGGAGUUAGCCGAAGAUACAAAAUGGCGCGUACGGCUUGCAAUUAUCGAACACAUGCCUUUACUAGCUGGCCAAUUGGGACAGGAGUUCUUUGAUGAAAAACUCACAGGACUCUGCAUGUCUUGGUUAAUUGACCACGUUUACGCUAUCCGUGAAGCGGCUACAUUGAACCUAAAGAAACUUGUAGAACAGUAUGGAGCACCAUGGGCUGAAACAAAUGUCAUACCAAAAGUGUUAGCAAUGUCUCGUGAACAAAACUAUCUGCACAGAAUGACUUAUUUAUUCUGCAUUAAUGUACUGUCCGAAGUGUGUGGCAAGGACAUCACCACGAGAGUGCUUCUGCCCACAGUCUUGUCUAUGGCCGACGAUAAUGUUGCCAACGUACGAUUCAAUGUUGCCAAAACACUACAAAAGAUGGCGCCAUACCUCGACCCCGCAGUGAUUCAGCCCCAAGUUAAACCCGUUUUGGAGAAAUUGAACGUGGAUCCAGAUGUUGACGUGAAAUAUUUCGCUUCGGAGGCCAUUGCCGGCAUCGCCGGUUAAUUAAAUUAUAUAAUAGUUGUUGUGUCUUGUCUUGUUUAGUUUGUAUUUAUAUCCGUAAUUCAGAGAUAACAAACCCUGCACCAUCGAGAGGUAAACUGUCAUUCCAGUGUAAAACAAUAGUGAAUCACUUCAGGCGGCAUUUAAAAAGCACUAAAAAAUUGUAAACAAGUUUAAUAAACGUAUUAAUAAACUA